CUGUCACCUAGAAGUUCAUACCAAGCUUUAAAACAUAAAUUCGUGUUUUUUAAUUAUUUAUGGUUAAGCAUUGUUUAUAAUGCCAUUUUAUAAGAAAAAAAUAAUGGAGAAAAAUAUUAAGUACAAGAAAAAAUAUAACCGACUAAAGCGUUUUAUAAAAGACAUAGUCUUUGAAAAUGCUGCUCUAUGUGAUCAAGUUGCACUAAUGCAGGACAGGAUUCUAAUUGUUAAGGAAGAAAGAAGAUAUUUAUUGAAAAGAUUAUUGAUGUAUCCACCUGAAGCAGAAAUAUUGAAUCAACAAGAACGUGAACAUCAUUCUCCAUCUCCAAAUGAUUCGAACAUAAACCGGAAAAUUAAGAGAAGAUCUUAUGCUGAUACUAAAUCUAGACAGAAAUCAAUCAAAGCUGUAGAAAAGAAAAUUGCACAAAAAGUUCCAGUUGAUGCAUUUGGGAGGCCAAUAUUUCCUUUAGAACUAGGCAAUCUUACCAUACAUUCACUAGGAGAAGUAGUUUGUGAUAGACCGGCUUAUCAUGAUGUUGACUGUAUAUAUCCAGUAGGAUUUGUUUCUACAAGAAUUUAUGGUAGUCUUCGAGACCCUGAGAAAAAAGUUACUUAUACUUGUAAAAUUAGUGAUGGUGGAAAUUCACCUAGAUUUGAAAUAUCUGCUGAUUCGGAUCCAGAUUCUGCAAUUGUUGGAAGCACAUUAAACUUCUGUCAUGGAAUGCUGUUGCAGCAAAUUUUCAAAGCAGCUGCUAUACGAAGUUCAGAUUACCAGCAAGCUAAUGGAGCUGCCUUUUUUGGAUUAUCGAAUCCUACAGUAUUAAACUUAAUACAAAGCAUGAUACGAGUUCGAAAAUGCCAAAAUUACAAAUGGAGCAAAUUUGAAUUAACUCAAACACCUUUGGAUACUAUUAUUGAAGACAAUGAUCCAACACUUAGUUUUGAAGCCCUUCAAUCAGCAAUUUUUAGAUCUAAUUAUCAUACUGUACCAGAAAUUAAAGAAGAGCCUCCAGAUGAAUUAUUAGAUCAAUCUGUGAAUCUUUAAAUACACUCAGAGGUGUGUCAAUUAAUCUGGAACUUGAAUAUUGUUUUAUUGGUUUUGAUGGAUUAUCUUUAUGCCUUGUUGGAGUGUACAGUACUUUUGCUUGCCCCGGUUUUAUAGUUUGGUUAAAUAAAGUGUUUGAUAUUGC